UGCAAACAAAUUGGGAUUAGGAUUCACAGUCUACCCGCUAAAAUUGUAACAACAAAAUUGAAAAAUUGUAGCCAAAAAUACCCGAAAAAUCAUGGUUUUGGUGUAUGAUUUCAUUCGAUCGACGGCCCUAGUCCUUUGCAUAGGCUACACAUCCCAACAGAACAGGAAAACAUGGAUGUGGGGCGACUCAAUCCUGUGGAGCGCUUACUGUGCUGGACUGUUUGCUUUUCCUGGAAUGUUGCUACCAGAGAAUGAUUCUGCAUUUUUGGCGUAUGCUGUGCGGGUGUUUGCCUCCCUUUUACUGGGGAUUGCAGCCAUGUCAUACCUUAGCAGGUCAACAAGAGACGAGAAUGUCAUCGGGACAACUUUGUGGGCAAGACUGCUGGGCAGCAUGUUUGUCAUGGUGAUGUUCACAUACUUCUACUUCCAAACCCCUGACAAGUUCUCAGAGAAGACUCUGUACUUUGACUUUGAAGCAUUCGGUCUGCUGUUCCUGUCGUCUGUGUACCAGUUCUGGCGAGCUGGGUACCGUAUUGGGGGACGGGAACAAAAGGGCAAUGUCAGCACUGUCCUCCGAAUCCUCUUCCUCAUCUGCUUUACUUCUGGCAUCCUCAACCUCACCUUCCCAAACUGGGUCAUCCCCUUGAAGAAACUGGAUGUUUUGGAAGGCAUGAUGGUUCGUUGCUGCGGGGUCCUCUUACUGUCAUGGGCAUUUAUCUCGCUGUACGCCACCAGCUUCCGCUAUGAUGAUGACCGCAGCAAUUUCUUUGUCUCUGCGAUGAUUAGCUGUGGCCUGAUGCUGGCAAGUCUGAACAUCGCAUACUUCUGGGACGGCGUAUUCGACUCCCAACAGGCCCUGUUCAUGCACAUUGGCUGCAUCCCCACGUUCGUUGUCUUGGUGGGCCUCUUGCUGCUCUGGAGACAGAGUCCUGGCACCCAGACUAACUACAAUCUCCGGUCCAAGUCAGAGUGAUCUCCUCCCCGUGUUAGGGGGUCCAAGUCAGAGUGAUCUCCUCCCCGUGUUAGGGAUAUGGUCUGUGCUACCAUGACUUAUAUGAAGUUUUAUACUAAGAAUAUUUUCCUUUUCCCACAGUGUUUAAGCUAAUCAAAUUGAAUGUUAAAGAUCACUCACUGUGAACUAAAUUAAUGUUGACAUGCAUAAUUGUUUUUGUACCUGGUGCAUUCAUUUACAAAGAGAUUUUCCUAUUAGAGAUUGUGUACCCAAGGUAACCAUGUAGACAGCAAUUUGAUACUUACUUAUAAUUUGUGCAUGCAGUUUGAUUAUAGUAAACAAUUUUGUUAUUGGUGUUUUUUAAUUGCCAAAAUCAAGUCUGAAGUAUACAUGUAAUUCAAGAUUAUCUAACGCAAUGCAUGUAAUUAUACAAGCUCAUUAAUUUGUUCAUUUUUCAAAGAGAAAACAUUCAGGUAUUGGCUUAGCCUAGGUGAUAAUGUUGUCACUGUGUGAAAACAUUAACCGUAGUCAUAAUUUGGUACACGUAGUCAUAAUUUGGUACACGUAGUCAUAAUUUGGUACACGAGUUCACAGUUGCGAGAAAAAAUACCCACAUGUGCAUCAAGGCUUAUAACUCUUGCUGUUAAAAUAAGUGAGUUAUUCCCCUUGUUCGACAGACAACAGCGGAUAAGCCUUGGUGUUCGCUCAGUGGCUCUCUUGGUUUAUUUUUUGUCAUUACCACAUUUGUAUGAUAGUAUCAAUACUUGAAUGAUUGCAAUGCAAAUACCAUUUUAUUGUAUAGUACUUAUAGUAUGCUAUCAAGUGUCAGACGUGAAUUAUUAAUUUCUAUGCGUUCUCAUAAGAAAAUGGCAGCAAUAUUUACAUAAAGGCAGCAUUUACUCAGCACAGUGUACACCCAUAUAUUUCCAUUGUGUUUUAAACAUCUCUAUGUUUUUAUCUAUUCUUCUAAUGGAAUAUAUUUGACCAUAGAUUUUUAGAUUAUUGUAAAUCAUUGCUUAUUUUAUAUGGUUCAUAUGACUCAGCCAUAGGACUGUCUUUAGUUGAUACAUUUUAUUGAAUUAGUUGAAGAGAAUACUAUUGCUUGUAUAAAGUUGUCCAUGCCAUUUUAAUGAGUGCAAAACCAGGAUUUACUGUUAUUAAGCUGAAAUUGUGUAAUAAAAUAUUGAAACAUUCAA